CCCAGAGGCAUCCAGUGGAAUUGGGUGCCCGACGUCCGAGCGAGUGCGGACUUCCCGAGGGCGGCAGCGCGCGGGUAAGCGCGCCCCGGAGUCAUGCAGCUGCCCGGGCGGAGGGGACUCGCCUCUGCCUCGGCUCCCCGGUACCCUCCGCAUCGAGGGUAGCAGCCUCAGGGUCCCGGUGGCAGGAAAACACUCCCCUUUCCCUGCUCCACCGCACCCCCAGCCCCCUAAGGCAGCCCACCCCGCGGGAAAGCCUCAGUGAGCCGCAAUGGUGGGCCUGAAACCCUCGGACGUGCCGCCCACCCCGGGCGUCAAGUUCGUCGGAGCCGGGGCCGCCGCCUGCAUCGCGGAUCUGGUCACCUUUCCGCUGGACACCGCCAAGGUCCGGCUGCAGAUCCAAGGCGAAGGCCAGAGCACCGGAGCUGUCCGGUACAAAGGAGUGCUGGGGACCAUUGUCACCCUGGUGAAAACCGAAGGACCGAGAAGUCUGUACAGCGGGCUGCAUGCUGGGCUGCAGAGGCAGAUGAGCUUUGCCUCCAUUAGAAUCGGGCUCUACGACACUGCCAAACAGUUCUACAACAAUGGAAGAGAAACAGCUGGAAUAGGAAGCAGGAUCCUGGCGGGGUGCACCACUGGUGGGUUGGCAGUCAUAGUAGCACAGCCUACAGAUGUGGUGAAAGUCAGACUUCAAGCACAGAGCAACCUAUCCGGUGCCAAACCCCGAUACACCGGGACUUUCCACGCCUACAAAACGAUAGCAACAGAAGAAGGAGCAAGAGGGCUUUGGAAAGGGACAGCACCCAAUGUGACAAGAAAUGCUAUUGUCAAUUCUGCAGAGCUAGUAACCUAUGAUUUAAUAAAGGAGAACCUUUUGAAAUACAACCUACUCACAGAUAAUCUACCUUGCCAUUUUGUUUCGGCCUUUGGCGCUGGAUUUUGCACAACAGUGGUAGCAUCUCCAGUUGAUGUGGUAAAGACCCGAUACAUGAAUUCUCCACCAGGACAAUACACCAGCGCUCCCAGAUGUGCAUGGACAAUGCUCACAAGGGAAGGACCAACCGCAUUUUACAAAGGGUUUGUGCCUUCCUUCUUAAGACUAGGAUCCUGGAAUGUUGUUAUGUUCGUAUCCUAUGAACAGCUGAAAAGGGCCAUGAUGAGGUCCGGGCCGACUAUUGAUUGUGCCACAGAAUCAUCUUUAUAAAAGAUACUGCAGGAAGAUACUGGUGGGAAUAUUUAAUGUGUAUUUGGACCCCAAAAGUCAUGUAUUUCUUGCCAUAAAGACUAUAAAAGUAUAUUUAUUUGGCUAGGGCUAAGUACUGGGUAGAACACUGGCCCAGAGUUGGGAAGACCUGAAUUCAGAUGUGGACUCAGACACUAAUAACUGUGUGAUGCUGGGCACAUCAUUAAACCUAUUUAAUCCACU